CACGCUCCAGACAAUGCUCGGAGGCUCCCGGCGGGGCAGCGGACGGCUGGGCCACCGACGGCGAGGGUGUGGGACCACAGUCCCCAGGGAGUUGAUCUGGAACUCAUCUCUGCCUCCUGCAAGACCUCAUCAGAGAGCCGGGCCCAAGAUGAACUGGCACCUCCUUGGCUCACAGCGCUCCGGACCGUUUGACUGAACCCCGAGAGCCCAAACAUGUCUGCGUGCAGUGACUUCGUGGAGCACAUCUGGAAACCCGGAUCUUGCAAGAACUGCUUCUGCUUGCGGAGUGACCAUCAGCUGACCGCUGGCCAUCCCAAGGCGAGAGCUAACAGCCUCCCUGCUGGGACUCGCCUGCCGGCCAGAGCUGACAAUUACCGCCUAGAAGAUGAAGGCGUGAACGGCUCGGCUUACUCAAAGCCCACCAUUGCUGUAAAGCCCACCAUGAUGAGCUCUGAGACCUCCGACUUGUGGACUGAAGCCAGCCUGAGCUCUGAAGUGCCGAAGGUCAACUGGAGACGAACCGCAGGCAAGCUCCUGCUCCCAAAACAGGAAGAUGGGCCAAUAGUUUACCUAGGCAGCUUCCGAGGAAUGCAGAAGCCUGCAGGCCCUCUCGCCUGCACAGAGGGCAACUCUCGUUGUCCCCCAGCCUACACCAUGAUCGGACUGCAUAACCUGGAGGCCCGAGUGGAUCGGAACGCUGCCUUUCAACCAGUGAGUUUCCAGGAAGAGAAGGCCGGGAAGGAAGAGCUGCCCUCAGCUCAGGAGAGCUUUCGUCAGAAGCUAGCUGCCUUUGCAGGGAUGACAUCCAGCUGCGCCAAGGGCCCCAGGCCCUGCACCUCUCCACAGCCCCUGCGGGAGUCCUUGCCCUCAGAGGAUGACCUGAGUGACCAAAGGUGCUCACCCUCAGGAGACAGCGAGGGUGGGGAAUACUGCUCCAUUCUGGACUGUCGUCCAGAAUCCAAAGAUACUGUGCAUAGCACCGAGGGCUCUGGCAGGCGUGGAGGGGACCGCUCACCUACGUGCUGGGAGCGGGGGACGUGUACAAGACUAACCGAAGAGGAAAAGCAGGGUCUGAAUUUCCCCAGAGAGUGCUGUGGCCAGGGAUCCACAGUGAGCCCGCCCCGCCUGGGCCCCAAGAAGCCAUCCCUUAACUCAGAGGCUGCCAGCUCUUCAGAUGGUCUGUCCUGUGGCAGCAGCCGCAGCAGUGCCAGCAGCCCUUUUGCGCCCCACCUGGAGAAUGACUACUGCUCUCUUGUGAAGGAACCAGCCUCGGGGAAGCAGCCGGACUCUAGCGGCCACUCAAUCACCUCCGGCAAAUGUGUGGGUCAAACCGCGGAGCUCCAGCCCCCAGGAGGAGCCCCCCUUCCUAGGGAGGCUGUGCGGCCUGAACCCAUCUACGCCGAAAGUGCCAAGAGGAAGAAGGCAGCUCCAGUGCCUCCUAGGCCCGAGCCCAAGAAAGAGCAGGUCGCAGCUGCCCAUAGCCAGGGCCACGUGUGCACAGGUGAUACCUGGGCUCAGAAGACACCCUCUAGCUGGAGCCAGGACCGGGAAGGCCCAACCCCUGCUCCUCAGGUAGCAGCCACCAUCACUGUCAUCGCUGCUCACCCAGAAGAGGACCACAGGACUAUUUAUCUGAGCAGCCCUGACUCUGCUGUGGGGGUGCAGUGGCCCCGUGGGCCUUUGAACCAGGACUUACAAGCUUGUGAGGAGGAGCCUUCGGUUGCGCAGGAGCUGAGCUCACGGGAGAGCCAUCCGCAUAAUGUGACUGAAAACACAUCCAAAGAGAAGCCUGCCAUUCCCCCCAAGCUGUCCAAAAGCAGCCCCGGAGGGUCCCCGGUGUCACCUGCAGCGCCCCCUCUGACUGAUCACAGUGACACCGGUGGCAGCAGUGUCGGACCCCAGCUUUCGUCUAGAGUUCCUGCUAACCUAACUUCUUCCUGCCAGACCAACGGUGUUGCGGCCGGGGACCCUGCCAAGUGCCCCCCACCAGCCACCUCCUCUUCAGUCUUGGAUCAGAGGCGGCCAAGAUACCAGACUGGUGUUUGGAGCCGCCAGUGCCGCAUAGAGGAGGAGGAGGAGGUGGGGCAGGAGGUGUUGAGUCAAAGUUGGGGGAGAGAGUUGGAAAAUGGUGCCGCAGACCAUUCAAACUCCUCUACCUGGCACCGCCUCCAUCCCGUUGAUGGCUCCUCUGGGCAGAACAGCAAAACUAACUCUGGGAUGAGCAAAUCAGCUUCCUUUGCGUUUGAGUUCCCAAAGGACAGAGGCAGAUUGGAGGCGUUCUCACCCCCUCCCCCACCUCCAAAGUCAAGGCACCUAUUAAAAAUGAACAAGAGCAGCUCUGACUUGGAAAAGGUGAGUCAAAGCUCUACAGAAAGCCUCAGCCCGUCCUUCAGAGGGGCCCAAGUCAGCUUCAUCACGGGCUCCACAGAUAGCCUAGCCUCGGACUCCAGGACCUGCAGUGAUGGAGGUCCAUCCUAUGAGCCUGCCCACUCACCCACCAUCAGCGGGAAAAAACUCUUUGCUCCGGUCCCUUUUCCGUCAGGCUCCACAGAGGAUGUGUCCCCUAGCGGUCCCGCUCAGCCUCCUCCUCUGCCCCAGAAAAAGAUAGUGAGCCGUGCAGCCUCCUCCCCUGAUGGCUUCUUCUGGACCCAAGGUUCCCCUAAGCCACGGACGGCAAGUCCCAAGCUGAACCUAAGCCACUCAGAUACCAAUGUUUGUGCCCAUGACGAGGCUCCUUUUAGUUGUUCCUUGAGCUCUGGAAACCAUUCGCACCACGUCUUCUCCUCUUCUGAGCCUUUGGAGAAAGCUUUCAAAGUCAGUACCCCCUGGGCUCCAGCUCUGGGGCCGGCAAGUAGCAAAGGCGGCUGCGGGAGCCCCAGUCUCCAGGGCAGAGCGGGCGCUUCCACGUCGUCAUCUCAGCUCAGCGUGUCCAGCCAGGCCUCCUCCAGCAGCACCCAGCUUCAGCUGCACAGCCUGCUGAGUAGCAUCAGCAGCAAGGAGGGCACCUAUGCCAAGCUCGGGGGCCUCUACACCCAGUCCCUGGCCCGCCUGGUGACCAAGUGCGAAGACCUCUUCAUGGGUGGCCAGAAAAAGGAACUACGCUUCGACGAGAACAACUGGUCCCUUUUCAAGCUGACCUGCAACAAGCCUUGCUGUGACUCGGGGGAUGCCAUUUACUACUGUGCCACCUGCUCGGAGGAUCCAGGCAGCAUCUAUGCCGUGAAAAUCUGCAAAACCCCAGAACCCAAAUCAGCCUCCUACGGCAGCCCGUCAGUGCCAGUGCACUUCAAUAUCCAGCAAGACUGCGGCCACUUCGUGGCCUCUGUGCCCUCCAGCAUGCUUGCCUCCCCCGACCCAUCCAGCAAGGACCCUGCGCCUGCCGCACCCCCACACGCCCCUGCCCAGGAGCAGGACUGUGUGGUGGUCAUCACACGGGAGGUACCGCACCAGACUGCCUCAGACUUUGUUCGGGACUCUAUAGCCAGCCACCGGGCAGAGCCUGAGGUUUAUGAGCGCCGGGUGUGCUUCCUGCUUCUGCAGCUCUGCAACGGUCUGGAGCACCUGAAGGAGCACGGGAUCAUCCACCGGGACCUGUGUCUGGAGAACCUGCUGCUGGCGCAUUGUAACCCUCAGAGCUCCCCCGGGCUCUCUGCCACUCCCACCGCGCCCACCACCACAUCCAGGUGCCCUUCUGCCGCGCCUGCAGCCACCACUGCCUGCCAGGGAGGACCUGGUGAGAAGCACCUGCCCAGACUCAUCAUCAGCAACUUCCUGAAGGCCAAGCAGAAGCCAGGAGGCACCACCAACCUACAACAGAAAAAGAGCCAGGCCCGGCUGGCCCCCGAGAUCGUGUCCGCCUCCCAGUACCGCAAGUUUGAUGAGUUCCAGACGGGCAUCCUCAUCUAUGAGCUGCUCCACCAGCCCAACCCAUUCGAGGUUCGAGCGCAGCUACGGGAGCGCGACUACCGGCGGGAGGACUUACCCCCGCUGCCCACGCUGUCCCUCUACUCUCCGGGCCUGCAGCAGCUCGCCCAUCUGCUGCUUGAGGCCGAUCCCAUCAAGCGCAUCCGCAUCAGCGAGGCUAAGCGGGUGCUGCAGUGCUUGCUGUGGGGGCCACGGCGGGAGCUGGUGGAGCAGCCGUGCAUCUCGGAGGAGUUACUGUGUAGCACUCUGCACAACUGGAUCGACAUGAAGCGAGCCCUGAUGAUGAUGAAGUUUGCUGAGAAGGCGGUAGACCGAAGGCGGGGCGUGGAGCUGGAGGACUGGCUUUGUUGCCAGUACCUGGCCUCGGCAGAGCCAGGGGCCCUCUUGCAGUCCCUGAAGCUCCUGCAACUUCUCUGAGCUUCUAGUCAAACCAUUCCAUCGCCGCCUUCCACACCUGCCCCAUGCCCUUGCCUUGCCUGCUACGGGGUUACCCUGGGAAAUGGUACAAAUGACUAUAGUCCUUAGAUGUAAUAUUUUAUAUAUAUGCAUAUGUAAUAUAAAUAUGAAAGACUGGGAAUGUCAUUUCACACACACCAACCUCCUCUCCUCACAGAGUCCCCAUGCCUCCACCACCGCCACCCCUGUAAUUAUGUACAGUUCUAUUGUCAUGCAAGGUUCUGAGGACAGUUCCACUGACAGAACCAAGUUUGGACUCCUGCCUCUCUACCCCAUCCUAGAGUCUCCUCAACUUUUUUGUCACUGUUAUUUAAAAAACAACCUCCACAAUAAAAAAAAGUAAGUCUUAUAUUAGUUUUUAUUAAUUGAGUCACAAACAAAGCCCUUUAAUCUCCAAGUGCUUGAGUGCACUAGAAUCUUCGAUGAGCAGAAUCUAUUAUGUAGCGCAGAGGAGCAGACCGUCUGGCCCUGCCCCAUUUGCACUUACACGAUAGAGCAGUAACUACUGAGGCCUGGGUGUGUUGGGUAUGCUGGGAGGAGGAAAUGUUCUCUGCUUCUCUUCACACACAUCAGGAUUCAUCAGGGUGGGUGGGGGGUAAAGUUUAGCCCUGCUGCUCUUAACCCAUCUCCAAUGUGCCUACGCUGUCACCAUUGUACUAUUGAGAGACCUGGCUGAGAAAUAAAAUCUACCUGUCUAGUUCAAAGGAAAGACCCCAAGACAGUCUUCUGAGAAAGCGUGUAGUCCAUUGAAAAAACAAAAUAAACAAAAGCACUCGUAGGAGAUGUUUGCCAUCAUUCAUCCUCAGGCAGAGCUGGAAGAGUAGAGUUCCCUGCUGCAUCUGUUUCCUUCCUGCCAUUUCCAGGUUCAUCUGACAGUGAGGGAGCUUGGGUGGCACUAUCAGCAGUAUCAGCCUUUCCAGGUAAACGGGGUUCCAAGUGGCAAGGAACACUUCCCUGUCAGACAAAAUGGAGCACCGGGGGGUCUAGCAGCCAACAGGAGAUCUCUAGUUUAGAUCCACUUGUGGAUCUUUUGCUUUAAAUAGUCAUUUAAUAGCCAGGCCGUGGUGGCGCCUGCCUUUAAUCCCAGCACUUGGGAGGCAGAGGCAGGCAGAUUUCUGAGUUUGAGGCCAGCCUGGUCUACAGAGUGAGUUCCAGGACAGCCAGGGCUACGCAGAGAAACCCUGUCUUGAAAAACAAAGCAAAACAAAAGUCAUUUAACAGCUGGCCAUGGAAAUCCCAGCACUUGAGAGGCUGAGGCAGGUGCUCUCUGAGUUCAAGGCCAGUCUAGUCUACAGAGUAAGUUCCAGGUCAGCCAAGGCUGCCUAAUGAAACCCUGUCUUCAAAAACAAAACAAAACCCAUCAAAUUCAUUUAGCACAUAUCAGUACCUGCUCUCUACUUAAGCUAAUAUUUAUUGUCAUGCUGAAGGGGAGAGAAAGAAAAGAAUUAAGAAGUGGCAAGCCCCACACUGUUCCAUGCAAGGUCACAGGCCACUGUGGCUCUGUGCUGGGGCGUCUCAUCCCUACCCCCAGAGGCACUGGCAUUGUCUCUGCUCCUGUGCCCAAGAAGCUCCUGAUAAUGGCCAGUAUAGAUGACUGCUACACGUCAGCCAGAGAGGCUGUACUGCCACCCUGGGCAACUUUGCCAAGGCUACCUUUGAUGCCAUCUCCAAGACCUAUAGCUACCUGACCCCCGACCUCUGGAAAGAGACUGUGUUCACCAAGUCUCCUUAUCAGGGAUUCACUGAUCAUCUUGUGAAAAUCCACACCAGAGUCUCUGUUCAGAGGACCCAGGCUCCAGUUGUGGCUACCACCUAG